CCGGGCGGCCGAGCAUGGAGGAGAAGUACCUGCCGGAACUGAUGGCGGAGAAGGACUCCCUGGACCCCUCCUUCACGCAUGCCCUGCGGCUGGUGAACCAAGAAAUAGAAAAGUUUCACAAAGGAGAAGGCAAGGACGACGAAAAGUACAUUGAUGUGGUGAUUAAUAAGAACAUGAAGCUGGGACAGAAAGUGUUGAUUCCUGUAAAACAGUUCCCUAAGUUCAACUUUGUGGGAAAACUUUUGGGGCCACGUGGCAAUUCUCUGAAGCGCUUACAAGAAGAAACCUUGACAAAAAUGUCCAUCCUUGGAAAAGGCUCCAUGAGAGACAAGGCAAAGGAAGAAGAGUUGAGGAAAAGUGGAGAAGCAAAGUAUUUCCACCUCAAUGAUGAUCUCCACGUUCUGAUUGAAGUGUUUGCCCCGCCAGCAGAAGCCUAUGCCCGGAUGGGACAUGCUCUGGAGGAAAUCAAAAAGUUCCUCAUUCCUGACUAUAAUGAUGAAAUCAGGCAAGCACAGCUCCAGGAAUUAACGUAUUUGAAUGGUGGCUCAGAAAAUGCAGAUGUACCAGUUGUUCGAGGGAAACCUACCUUGCGUACAAGAGGUGUACCAACCCCAGCAAUAACCAGGGGAAGGGGAGGAGUCGCGGCCCGGCCAGUGGGAGUUGGGGUACCGCGAGGGACGCCGACUUCCAGGGGAGUCCUUUCCGCCCGAGGGCCAGUGAGUCGAGGAAGAGGACUUCUCACUCCCAGAGCAAGAGGCGUCCCCCCAACUGGGUACAGACCUCCACCGCCGCCCCCAACCCAAGAGACCUAUGGAGAUUACGACUAUGAUGACGGAUAUGGCACUGCUUAUGAUGAACAGAGUUAUGAUUCCUAUGAUAACAGCUAUAGCGCCCCAGCCCAAAGUGGUGCUGAUUACUAUGAUUAUGGACACGGACUCAGUGAAGAGACUUACGAUUCCUACGGGCCAGAGGAGUGGACUGACUCAAGACACAAGGCGCCCUCGGCGAGGACAGCGAAGGGCGUCUACAGAGACCAGCCGUACAGCAGAUACUGACCGUACUGUGUGAUGUUGUGACACAGCCGGUCUCCACCAGUCCUGUGUGCUGUUCAAAGUAAUUGUUUUCUACGAACAAUCCCUCUUUAAAUAAACCAAAAUGCUUAACAUCUGAAUGGAUGGAAUUUAAAAUUACUUUGUUGAAACAUCAACCUGGGCAGAAAAAAAAAAAAGACAUGUAAAAUUUUGUUAUUUCCAGUCUGUAUAUGAAAAAAUAGGUCAUCAAAAGGAAAAAAAAUAACUUCGAUUAACUAGUGUUAAACAAAAAAGAUAGGUUUACUAAAUAUGUUAAUCCAUCCUUUUAACAUAAGCCUCACCUUUCAUUUUAAAGGUUUCCAUAGAAAUUUAGUUAUUUUAUCUUUCAGCCAUAUGCUAGUUUUUUUUUUUUUCUCUUGCCAACGUGCGUAAAAAGGGAAGCCAAUUUCAAGUGCAAAUAAUGUGGUAUUCUUUUGUAACUCAAGUCUUGAAAUGUUCUGUAGUGUUAAGCAAAGUCUCCUCUUGCUUGAUACUAAAUAAACUUUUGAAAGAAA